CCCACUUAACGACUUUCUGGGAGGGCAAUCUGAGACGCAUCUGACCACCACAACCCCUUAGUAUUUAUGCACAAGCUUCAGUCUGAACCAUCAGAAGGCAAACAGAGCAAAUUUAUAAACAUUCCAUGUGGACUUCACCUGCCUCUAAAUAAGGAUCAUGUCUUGUAGUAAAUACAUGUCUGCUCCGGUGUGUCUCAUUGAAAACGAUGAAAAUGGGAAGCUACACGUGAAGAAAGAGGGCAAAGAAAUUCUGGAUGCGAUCCAUGAGCCAGUGGUGGUGGUGUCUGUGGUGGGACUCUACCGUACGGGGAAGUCUUACCUUAUGAAUCGCCUGGCGGGACAACAGUCCGGUUUUGCUCUUGGCAGCACUAUUGAAUCAAAAACCAAAGGCAUCUGGAUAUGGUGUGUCCCUCACCCUAAAAAAAGAGGACACACUCUGGUGCUGCUGGACACAGAGGGACUUGGUGACGUGGCGAAAGGAGACUCUAAGAAUGACGGCUGGAUCUUCUGUAUGGCUGUUCUGCUCAGCAGCACAUUGGUGUACAACAGCCGUGGCACCAUCGAUAACACUGCAGUGGAAAAGCUGCACUAUGUUGCUGAGCUUGCUGAGAACAUCAAGAUCAGGUCAGCAGAAGCAGAAGAUGAGGAGGAAGGGGAAGAUUCUGAGUUUGUGAUGUUUUUCCCAUCAUUCACCUGGGUUGUGAGAGAUUUCACCUUGGAUUUAGAAAUUGAUGGGAAAAAAGUGACAGAUGACGGUUACCUUGAAUUUGCCCUCAAUCUGAAGAAAGGUGUGGGUAGGAAAAUUAGUGACUACAAUCUGCCUCGUGAAUGUAUCAAGCGUUAUUUCCCUAGCCGGAAGUGUUUUGUGUUCCCGUUUCCUGUUACCACCCAGGAAAACAUGACACGCCUAGAGAUCUUACAAGACAAGGACCUUGCACAACAAUUUCUGGAGGUCACGGGGCAUUUUUGUCACCAUAUUUUUGUAAACAGUGCUGUGAAAAGACUGAAAGGAGGACACAUAGUUACUGGCCGAUUGCUUGGCCGUCUAGUUGAGAUUUAUGUAGACACUAUCAGCAGUGGUGAAGUGCCCUGUCUGGACAAUGCAGUGGUUGUUCUGGCAAAUCAAGAAAACCAGGCAGCUGUUCAAGAAGCUUUGAAAGUAUAUCAGAAAGGGAUGGAAGAGGUGAAAAAUAUGUUACCAAUCAGUAUAGAAUAUUUGACCUGUGAGCACCAGAAACUCAGCAGUCUGGCCAUUUCUCAGUUCACGAAACGCUCAUUCAAAGAUGAAAAAACGGAAUACCUGAAAAAACUGGAGGAAGCUGUAUGUAUGUGCUAUGCAGACUUGCUGCAAGAUAAUCAGAUGGCAUCAGAGAAAAAGUGCAGAGACCUGCUGAAGAAUCUGUUUGUGGACAUGAACAAACGGCUGCAGGAUGGAGAAUACAGUCAGGCUGGAGGAUAUGAACUCUAUAAAAGAGACAGAGACACCAUUGUUGAACAGUACCGCAAAGAACCCAACAAAGGUGUAAGGGCUGAGGCUGUGCUGGAAGAGUUUCUGAAAGAACGGGAACCUGAAGCAAACAGCAUCCUCUGCAUGGAUAAUAAACUCACUGAGAAUGAGAAACAAAUGAAAAAGCAGAAGGAGAAAGCGGCUCUUCUGGAACAGAAGAUGAAAGAGGAAGAGGAGAAACGAAUUGAGAAUGAGCGAAUGAUGGAGACUGAGAAAGUGAGGCAUGAGGACAUGGUUAAACAGAUGCAGGAGAAGUUCAACAAGGAGCUGGAGCAGCAGCAGCAGGAGAGAGACAGAGCCAUUGAGAGCAAACUGAAGGAGCAGGAAGAGAUGUUUAAGAAUGGCUUUAAGCAGAAAGCUGAAAACCUUGAGGAAGAAAUUAUGAAGUUAAAAAAUGAAAAGGAACGCUCAAGAGGUGGUGGCAUUUUUAAGGACUAUGUGAUGCCGUUUCUUUGCCCUCUUGUAGAAAUGGUUCCCAACCUCCUCAUGCAGAGAUCAAUGUUGAAAAGCCUGACAAAGGGAUUGAAACGUUAAAACCCAAAACACAAUCAUUGUCUCAUCCCUUAUGAAAAAGAAGUUUAUUCAAGUGUGCUAUAAGUAUAAUUCUUUUAAACUAAAAAUAGGAAAGUAUCCUUUUAGGUUACUCUUUAUUUACUUCUCAGAAAUGGGCUUUAUGUACUCCUCAGAAAUACAGUAUACUUAAAAUGACAUUUAAGGAUACUUGACUUAUACUUAAAAAAAAAAUCAAAAUAUAUUUGAGCUUUACUCCUAGAAUCCAUGUUUUUAAUAUUAUACAUUAGAGGGCGCUAGUACACAUCUUCUGCACAGAAUUUCAAAAAAAAAGAAGAAAAAAAAAGAAGUUUUUAAUUAGUAAACUAUCAGUAAACCUGCUAUAUAAGUUUACUUUUAGUAUAAUUGCAGUACAAACUACAAAAAAAGAAGUAAACUAGUUGUGUUCUCAAAGUUUGCUACUGUUAUACUUAAAAGUAUACUUUUAUAUAUAAUAUAACAUAUUAUAAGUGGGCUCAUUUGGUCCCAAGGAGUAUUGAAACAGUACAGUUACAAGUAUAGAACACUGAUAUUUGUAUACUUGCUACAUGAAGUAUACUUAAAAAUAUACUUGAACUUUACUUAAGUAUACUUAAUAAACUUGAAGUAUACUAUUUUUUGGUAAGGGAUAUUUUCCAUUCACUGACAUAUCUCAAUGGCAGGUUGUCUGAUUUUGAAGCCUUUAAAGAUUUACUAAAGCAUGCGCUCUAUAGAGCAGGUAGUAAAUGAGCUGAGCAUCCUGAACAUAUGCACCAUUGAAAGUGCACAAUAUAAUGUCUUCACUGUUAGCAGCACCCUAAGGAUUUGUAAAAUGCUGUGGUGUGUUUUCCAGUGCACAAUUCAUCGUUAGGAUAAAAAAAGUAGUCCCAGCUCAAACAAACAACUGAUGGUUGGGUCGCUGAAACAGAUUGCAAUUCCAUUACUUGCCAUUAGUGGUGUAGAAAUUAAACACUGCAUUCACAAAAAACAUUCACUGGAACUGGCACUUUUUGAAAUCCAAAACAUGCCUCUGUAUGCCGCUGAUGGGAUGAAAAUGGGAAGUCCCUUCCUAAACUAAUUCCAUAAGUGGAGUGAAAUGAAUAACGUUUAAAUGUGUCAAAAUAGUUCCAGAUUCUGAACAAGACUUACUAAAUGUUGUAGGGAGGAACAAAUGUUCCUAAACCUUAGACUAGACUAUAUCAACUAUUAGCAGUUACAAUUUCUUACAAUAUUUGUAUAAAUGGAUUGGAAAGAUAGUGGCUUUUUUUUUUUUUUUUUUUUUUUGGAGAUGCAAAAAGGAAGUGCUUUGAAAACAUUUAACGUUUAAAUUGAUUUUUUUUUUGGUUCCUGUAUUUGCUUCAAAAAUGUACUUAUGUUGCAAUACAGAUUUAGUGUAAUAGGCCACACAUGGUCAAGAAGGGGUUAAGGGGUUAUUGAUAAAUAGCAAGCUGAGAUGUGCAUAUGAUUUAAAGACAAGGAUGCUCAGCCCCAAUAUUAUGCAGUCUGUAUGAUCUUAUGAAAAUGCUUAGCUCUGUAGAAUCUUAAAUCAUCAUGACCAAUCCCCAGAUCAGUAUAGCAAGUCAAAGUGAAGAAAUCUUUAACCCUUAAUGUAUUUUCAUCCUAAUGUAAUUUGGUCCUCAAAACAUACAGCAUAUUUUGUGGCAUAACAUUCCAAUAUUGUACAAUAAAAUUGUCUUUCU